AUGGCGGACGUGCCUCCAAACCUCGCUUCUGCAAAGCCAGGAGAUGGCGAAGACUACGACCUAGACACAUCCGCCUUGGCUGCAUUGGACAAGUUUCGAGCCGAAAAGGCAGCCGAAGAAGCUCAACUCUUGCGAUUCACCCAGUCCUCUUCCUUCGCCUCUUCUUCCACAGCCUCACGCAGGACCAAGAAGAAGUCUGCAAAACAAGAAAAGAAGCUGACACCGGAGGAAGAAGCAGCGGAAGAAGCCAAGGCGGAGGCAGCGUUGUUGGCCGAGAUCGAAGCCAUCGCCGACCUGGAGAGACUCAACGGUGUUGCUCCGGAUUCGUCUGAUUCCAUGCUCGCCAACAUCGCCUCUCGACUGCAGACCGAUGACGAUGAUGCGAAACCGGAAGGGUCUGAAGCUGGAAAAUCUCUGGACGUGGAUACGUUCCGCAAGACGUUCGGCGAAAGCUGGCAACUAUCUCAAUUCUGGUACUCUUCCAAGUUCGUCCACGAGCUCUCCCAACUCAUCUUCCGGCUCGUCUCCAACCAGUCCACCAUACCCUCCGAUCCCGACUCCAUCGCUAACCUCUUCGGGUCAGCGAGGGUAGCUUUCCUCUGCUGUCCCACCGCCUGGGUCGGCUUCGUCCACGAAUACCCCUCCCUCACCACCCAAUCCUUCGUCUUUGAAGUCGACAAACGCUUCCACGCUCUCAGCAAAACAUCCUUCGUCUACUACAACCUCCACGAACCUGAAAAAUUCCCCGCCUCCCUCGCAGCCAGCUUCGACGUCAUCGUAGCCGACCCGCCGUUUUUGAACGUCGACACCCAGUCCAAAGUUGCACAGACUGCAAAGAUGCUGGCGAAACCAGAUGCAAAGUUCCUCCUCUGCACGGGGGAGAGCAUCGCAGAGGAAGCACGCAGGAUGUACGGAGAACCGCCGUUGGAAAAGUUGGAUCUGGUGGUGGAACAUCACGGCUUGGCAAAUGCAUUUGGUAUUUGGGGACGUAUCUAG